CGCGGCCCUCAACCGCCACACUUCGAAUCUCGCGCUCAACCGCCGCCCACGCCCCGCCCACGCCGUUCGAACUCGCCCUCCGCGCGCCGCCAUUGGCUGAGCGAGGAGGAGGGGGCGGGUUUUUUGGAGGGGAAGCCACCAAUAGCGGCGCGGCCGCCUCCGAGCCGGUUUUUUCAAACGCGCUCAGGAGCCGCUUGAGCGGGCGCGGGGCCGCCCUUUCCGAGCAGCGAGGAUUGACAGCCCGGCCGCCCAAUAGCAGCGCGCGUUCCCCGAGCGCGCUCCAAUCGCGAGGCGGGGAGGGCGGGGCGCCGCGCUGGAGCGCCGGGCGGGAGAAGAUGGCGGUGCGGCGGCGGCUGCUGCAGGAGCCGCUGCUCGGCGGCGUCAUCACGGCGGAGCGGCCCCCGCCGGCCCCCCCCGCCCCGCCAGCGCCUCCGGCCCCGGCCCCGGCCCCAUCCCCAUCCCCAGGGGAGGCUUCGCUGCGGCGCCGGGGGCUGCGUCCCGAGGACUGCGCCGUGUUCCAGUGCCGCGGGUGCCGGGCGGUGCUGGCGGACUCGUUGCACCUGUGCGCGCAGGAGGAGCGGGGGCUCGGGCUCCUCGCCUGCCUCAGAGUCACCGGGGACGUGGCCUGGGAGGACGCGCUGCUGGUGGGCCUGGAGGGAGCCCUGCUGGGCUGUGCCUACAAUGCAUUAUACUGUCGGUUGUGUGGCUCGAUGGUGGGCUUCAUUCUUUAUUCUGCGUUCAGUAACCUGGCUCAUCUCCGAGGCUUAUUUUGUUUCUUCAAGGAGAGCAUCCUCUGCUAUCUUUUAAAAAACAAUAUAACAAUAGAAGCAUCUAAGGUGAAUUUUCCUGCUUUGACCCUAAAGGAACAACUGGGGAAACUGAAAGAAAAGCUUGUGAUGGUCCACAUGCGCCUAGAAUUGCUGAUAAAGAAGACGGAGGAAUUGAAGCAAAAGAACAUGGCACAAAACUAUGGCUCUGCAUCAGAUGCAGUUGCCCUAAUGCCAGGAUAUGCAAUAGUCAAGACCAAAAAUAAUAGGCCAUUUUGAAGAACUACCUGGGCCGUUUCUACAUCUCUACUGAGUUUGUUCGUUAUGAGGAAAUAAUGCAGCAGAACAGGUUUGAGAGAGCUGAUCAUUUGCUCUGUCUCUAUACAGAAAGAAUUGGGACUUAAAUGCACCUCUUUUUCUGAGGGGAACAGCUGAAAACCUAACGUUCUUAAGCUAUGCUCAGAGAAACACGUAGCUUUUGGCUGCUCCACGAAGCUUAGGCUGUGAGCCACUGCCUUUGAUAGAUGUGAGCCUUUCCGUCCGGGGUUGAAGCUGUGAAAGCAAGGAACAGUCUUUUCUUCCCUUUUACUUCUGGUCCAUCACAGGAACACUGCUCUCCUGAAGCUGUGAUGAUCUUCCUGCUGCCUUCCCAUGGCCUGUUGAGAUGUCUUGUAAAAGUUACCUAAUGGGUACUUAUUAGCUUUGCUUUUUGAUUGGGUUGUGCUUUUUUUCCAAACAUCUAGAAAGUAAUUUGAUGGAAAAGAAAGAAGGCUACUUACGCCUAGUUACAUAGACAGAGUAUCUUUGUCCCCAGUUCCUGUUUGUUGGAAGACUGGGGGGUCCUUUUCCUCCUCCGUCUGCUGCCUAAAGGGCUGAUUUUUGAAACUGUCUGUAAAAAUUAAUAGCUUCAUGUAGCAGUCUGGAGAGGGUUGUAUUUACUUGAUCAGAUUAAUUCCAGUGAUUCAGUUUGCCAUUGCCUUUUUUCUGCCUUCCAUAUGUGAUUGGCAGAUUGCACUGUGUUGCUGAUGAUACGAGUUCUCUCUGUACUUCAUGGCCUUAUUUUACAAAUAAAUAACUCCUGUAUCAGGCUUGGAGCAGAGGGGAUGAGACUCACUGCAAGGCACCUUGCAGGCUUAUGUGGACAGCUGGUAUUUAUGCUACUACUUAUGUUCAGUGUGCUGGUUUUUGAUUAAAAGUCCUCAAUUGUCUCCAUUUAUUCUGAUUAAGCAAUAACAGUAUCAAGAGCUAUUCUGCUGGGAGAAAAGCAGCUCCCUCUGUUAAAUUCUAACAGUACCUGCUCUCUAAAUGAUGAUUAUCAUCAUCAGUGUUUUACAACUGUGACAGGUGUAAGCACAGAAAUGCAGCACUUCUCAAUGACAGCUAAAUUUGGGCUAUCAAAAGUAACUACCUGAAAUAAAUGUUACACUCUAGUAAGAUCUGCUUCAUUGCCUGUAAUGACUAAUGUUAUCAUCUUCUCCAAAACGUGUUCUAGCCUGAACCUUUAACUGGAGAGCUGUUCUUCUUAACAGUUGUCACUGUACAUUCAUGUAAAGUUUGGAUAUAUAUACAUACUCAUUAUUAAGAACCAAGAUUUUACAAUCUUGUGUAUUAUGUUUAACAGCAUCUUUGUCUUUAACUGGGUUUUUGUGACUAAACCCACCUCAUGCAAAUAUCCUUCCAAUCUCAUGUAAGUGUUUUCCUUUGUAAAACUUCACCUUUGUGUUGCUUUUCAAGUGUCAGUUCUUCUGUUGUAUCAGUCCAAGAAACAUGGUAGGUAAUGGUACUAUUCACUUCUGCCCUUUCAUUCUGGUUUCUGCAUCGAUGUUUUUCUUGUUAUACACUUCACAUUUCUACUGUGUGUAAUAAGCGUAAAAUUGUCUUCCUUUAUUUAACAAAGUACGCACCCCUAGGAGGAAAAGAAAGGUGUCAGCUGCAUUUUUUUUUAUAUUAUCUUUACUGUUGUAAAGACUACUUAAAGAAUAAAAAUGCUGAAAUUCAGAAAUAUA